CUUCCGGUUUGUGGCAGUGGAAUUGGCUAUUUUCUUUCCUGAGUGAGGACCUCUGAAAUGUGGUUAACCUCGCUGUUGAAGGUGGUGGAACAUAUUCAAAGAUUCUUUUAAAGGUAGAUAGGUCGAGACGUAGUUACAAGUUUGUGUGUCUCUGUCCCUCUGGGACUUCACCCAUUGGGUGAACGUCGAUUCGGUUCUCGAUUCAAAUGUACAACACUCCUAGUGGUUUGUUUUUCCAUCAGUCAAUUUGUUCCCUGGCUGUUGUCCGCGGUUGAGAGCUUUCAAUUGGUAUGAUUUUAUUUUGUGAGUAAUCAUCAGCCACUUGUUGCUUUUGAAGAAGAUGAUUAUGACACAUGAGCUGGAACUCUUUCCAGGAUGUACCGUGACACUUCUGUUGUUUAAAGAUGUUAAAAAUGCAGCAGAACUUCGACAAAAAGCUGUGGAAGGAGCUAUCGAUGGGGCUUUAAUAAAUGCCGCAAUGGUAGUUGACCCAUUCCAGAUACUCGUGGCAGCUAACAAAGCAGUUCACUUGCACAAACUGGCUAAAAUGAAGACACGUAGCCUUUAUUCUGAAAUCAUAUUUAAUCUCUCGCCAACAAAUAAUAUUUCAGAUGCUUUCAGAAAAUUUGGGAUUUCAGAUCGUGACUCUGCUCUCCUCAUUGUUCUGGUGUAUGAUGGAGAAAAAAACUCUAAGUUAGAAGACAUCAUAAGCCAAGUAGAUGGGCGUCAGAUCCCUGUACAGGAUUUCUCAACGAUCACUGAUGUGGCCCAAGUUAAAAAGACUGGAGGAUCUCACUGUACUGCUGUGAGAACUCUGCAGAGGCCAGUUUGUUUCUUCGCUGAAAAGGUGGCUGAUUCACUUCGGACCAUCUGUUCAUGUUAUACAAAAUAACUCCUGCUGAAGAGAAGGUUGGAAAUUUAUUGGAUGCAGUCAUUUGUCGGAUGAGUGCGAAAGAUGUUCUUUGAUGGCCAAAAUCAUGUUGAGUUAAGGAGAUUCUUUACAAAUAUGGUAUUUUUCUGAAACAGAGAAUAAUGGCAGUAUGUAAUUUAUAUUUUUGUAUAUUUAUGUACUGUAUCACUUGUUUUGAGAUUAAAUCCAAAUGUAGAAAUAAAUUUGCAGUGGGAAGUUUAUUCCAGUAAAUCCUGUAACAACAUUCAUGAACAAUAUUGCAAUAAAGACUUUAGGGUAAGGCAGCCUUACUCUAAACAAGUGCAUUGCUGCUCUUCAUUGUGGCUAUUCCCCCAUCAGGCAGAAGGAAAAGAAUGGCACUGGAAUACCAUCACCUUUGCCCCUCUCGCCCUUGGAUUUGGAUCACGGUUCAAUGUUCUGGAGCUUCUUACAUAACAAUACUGCAGGGAUAAUUAUAGAUUCAAGCUUCAAGUGUAUUUUUUAUCACAAUGUGUAAAUUGUACAACCUUGAACUUGCUUGCUCACAGGUAGCCACAAAGCAAGAAACCCGUAAGAACCCAAUUAAAGAAAAAAUAGAAUAAAAAUAAAAAUAAACGAACAAUACUCUGUGUACGGAUGACCUGAUUCUUGUUAGUAAUUUCCUGAGAAUGAAUGAAAGGACUUUGCAGAUGCCUGUAUUUAUCAUGCCAUUUUUCUACAUUUGCCAAUAAAGCUUGGUUAUCAUUCUUCAUAAAGUACAAGUUAAUCACUACUUGUAAUGUCGGCCUCCUACAAAAGUAAAACUUCUGCAAUGGUAUGUCCCAUUCCAUCUUUUCUGUCCACAGAUUCUGAUGUCGAUAUGACUUUGCUUAUCAGACGUUCAAAAUCCUGCCAUUUGGCUGCAUUUAUGUGUUUUACACUUUAGUGAUGCAGAUAGGUUCUUUUAGUUAGCCUUAGGUUUAGCUAUCAGUGCUGCCAACCUUUCCAAAAGAUAAGUAUUUCUGGCAUCUCUUCAACCAUCCUAGAACCAGCUACAUGAAGUCAAUUUUCCAGUUAUUUACUGUUAAUCCGAGGAGAAUGGAAAAUGGAGGAUUUGGAUAGAAAUAAAGGGUCUGAAAGGAAACAGAUGGGCAGAGGAAGGAGGCUAAGAUUGUGGAGGUGGGGAUGAAGUCACACGGAGGGACCACUCUACAAGGAUCAAUUAUGACUGUUGAGAGAAUAAAAUUAUGCAGAGAGAUGGGGGCAAAUAACUAAUAAUCUUGAAGGAAAGUUUCUGAAGAGGAAUGAGGGGAAGGAAAGAGUUGCAGAUGACUAUGGAGCACAAUUCAGAAUAAGGAGUAGGUCAUUUAGGAUUGAGAAGAAAGAAAGAUCUCUGAUUCUUUGGGUUACUUUUUCACUGACAGGGUCAUUAUGUUUAUUCCAAAUAAGGGACUUGGCAAUUUUGGUGAUAGUGUUGGUAAAUGCUUCUGAGGUGGAUGAUCAAUCAUUGAAUAGUGGAGCAGC